AGUCCCACCGUCUUUUGAUUCCGCACUUGAUUCCGUCAUCCAGUGGGUGCACAUUUAAACGCCGUAUCCCCCGAAUCGCUACUCACGUUCAAUUGUCCUAAAUCUCAACGUUCCCCUGCAGCUUCGACCUUUGCCAACUAUUACUCACCAUUAUUGAUUCCGCCCCCACGACGACUGCUACCCGAUCACAGUCACUCCCACUAUGGCCCCCAAAACAUGGCUCGUCACCGGGGCCUCCUCGGGUCUGGGCACUGCCAUCGCCGAAGUAGCCCUUCGUGCUGGAAACAAAGUCAUUGCAACAGCCCGCAAUCCCACCAAAGCAGCCAAAGAGAAUCCACAAAUCGAAGAAUUGGGAGGCACAUGGCUUGAACUUGACGUGACGAGUACAGAAACACCCAAAAAGGUGGAAGACGCUAUUCGCCAAUCCGGUGGCGCGAUCGACGUGGUCGUCAACAAUGCGGGGUACUCGCUGCUCGGUAGCAUUGAGGAUAUGAGCGAGGCCGAGAUCGAGAACCAGUUCAGUACGAACGUUUAUGGCCCCGUGAGAGUGUUGAAGGGUGCACUUCCAUUCAUGCGGGCGCAGCGAUCGGGGACGAUUGUGAACGUGAGCAGCAUCGCUGGCAUGGAUGGGUUGCCUUCUUGUGCGAUGUAUGCGGGGUCUAAGUUUGCUCUUGAGGGUAUGUCUGAAAGUCUCUCGAGAGAACUAGCCCCCUUCGGUAUCCGGGUCCUCAUCGUUGAACCUGGCCAAUUCCGAACCAAGUUCCUGUCAGCCUAUGUCGAGCCUGCCACUGGGCUGAAUCAGGACUACGUUGGAACUCCCCUCGAGGCUACCCUGAACAAAUUCAAAACACAUGAUGGGAAGCAAACUGGUGACCCUGUCAAGGCUGCCCAGCGGAUUCUGGAAGUUGUGACCGGCACGGGAAUUGGUGCUGGCAAAGAAAGUCUGCUGCGACUCCCUCUUGGCCCUGACUGCUAUCAACGCUUCCAGACGAAGCUUGACACUGUGCAGGAGAACCUGGCACAGGCAAAGGAUAUUGCUUUUUCCACCAACCUGUGAGAGAAAAAUUAUGGAGAAGCGCAGUCCGUCUGCUCUUUGCUCGUGAAUAUGCCAUCUACAAGCUGAUUUUCAACAAAAACGCAACAUGGUUUCAUCGCCAGAUUAUCAAGGCUCGAGCUUUUCUUGGAGGCUCACACCUACGAGUAGUAUUCACGAUGCCAGAGCACGACAAGUCCCGAGUUCAAUUUAACACAGAUGCAUUGCCUUCUCUCUUCCUUCCUGCGGCGAACUUGACAGGUUUCAUCCACCCAUCUAUUUCCAGAGUAAUACUGCUGACGCUUCUUUCUCAAGAUAGCAGGCAUCCAACACGAGUCUUCAAGAUGCAGGACUAGAGACUUGCCUGUCUGGUGUCUUGCGCAGCCCCACAACUCUCAGGGUGUGGAGGCUUGAGGUAACUUUUGCAACGGUCAACGCUACCUUCAGACUUCAAUUUUUUUACGUUUCAUACUAGUUUAGAGGAUCAGGCAAUGAAGAAAAGAAUAACAAAUCAU